AUGUCUUCACCUUUCCCAGCUCUUCCAAUAUGUCAGGUCACAUUCCCUUCCAGCCCAAUCGUCAAUGCGGCAUUGGCAUAUUCCAAGGCGCACACCAACCAAUCCACCGUCAACCACUGUCUGCGCUCGGCGGCCUUCUCAUUGCUUCUUAUGCGCAAGCUGCCACCGUUCGCGGCCGGCGACGUCGACGUCGAGGCUGUCGUGCUGUCGAGCAUUCUUCACGACAUGGGUUGGGCAACAACGAAAUCAUUGUUGUCUACCGAUAAGCGCUUCGAGGUCGACGGGGCCAACAUUGCGCGGGAAUUUCUCAAGUCAUCAAUCCGCAACAACGAUGAAGAAUGGGGCAAACAUCGCCUUCAAUUGAUAUGGGACGCGAUCGCACUGCACACAACGCCUUCUAUUGCUCACAACAAGGAGCCAGAAGUGUUUGCUGCACAGCUGGGUAUCUUUGCUGAUUUUGCUGGGCCAAAUAUACCAAUUCCAGGAAACCCAAUCUCGGUCGCCGAGUACAAGGAGGUCGUCACUGCCUUCCCUCGCCUUGGCUUCGGCGAUCAAGUCGUGGAGAUCAUGUGCGGCCUUUGCCGUGACAAGAGUGAGACGACUUUUGACAACUUCGUAUCUGACUUUGGUAAGUCGUUUGGUCUCGACGGAAAAGGUACGGGCAAGGAAGAAUACACCAAGUUGUGUGAGGAACACAACUUUUCUAAGAUGCUUUUGGGUGGUCUUGAGGCUUGUAAACAAUGGGAAGACUAA